AUGCAGCUCCGUGGAGAGGGCCCGGUUGAGACAGCUGCGAUCCUUGCUCAGACUCGGCUGCGGCGUCUUAUUUUGGCGGACGAGUCUGAGGAGGAGUGGGAGGCUGGCUCGAAAUCGGUGGCUGGUGGGUCUAGGCCCAAUUCGCUUCCCAUUCAAGAGCUGAAGUCAACUAGGCCUCAAGCCCAGAAAAUGAUUGUGGCAGAGGAGGCCUCUAGUGGGCUCGCGGCAGGGGAAAGAGGCAACGCGGCUUGGCUGAUUAAGACGGAAUAUGUGGCCCCCCUUCGUACGAGUCAUCAUCUGCGCAAGCUGGGCGCUCAUUCCGAUCACACCAUGGAGGAAGGAGCGCAAGUGGGCCUGCAAGAGGUUGAGCUAGCGGACUCAGACCUCAGCCCACAGGAAGGGAUCCUAGAUUCGGACGGUGAUUCCUCCCCAGCUGCUGAAGAAGCUUUUGAAAUUAGGAGGCGCUCGCCUCUCCCCAACCCCCAACGAGCCCAGCCAAUUAAAUCAGGUCGGGUUGGUAAGAUUGUCGCAGCUUUUGAGGGAGAAGUGGUCGCCGAGCCUGCAGGGGGAGAUGCUCCAGAUCAUAGGGCAUCAGGAAGAAGACCGAAAAUCUUUCCGCCGCCACCCGUCUCGAUCUCAAACCCAAAGACCUCCACUUGCUGCUACUCUCAUCUUCAGGUGUCCGCCAUGUCGUCCUCCUCGGAUGAUUUCUAUACUUUCGGACCUUACAAGAUUCACUCGAAGGAAGUCUUCUACUCCACCGACCUCUCUUACGCCAUGGUCAACCUCCGGCCCCUCCUCCCUGGUUCGUCACCUAUAAACCUUCACUGAUCCAAUUAUCCUCCAUUCUGAUUCUUAUGAAGGAACGAACAAAUGAAAUCUAUGCACUCGCUCUGAUUUGCAGGUCAUAUCCUUUUCCGAGUUCAAAAUUCUACGUCCCAUAAAUUUUCCGCCUCUUCCAUUGUGCUAAUUUAAUCAAUCACAUUUGAUUGUUUUCAUUAUGUAUUAUUGUUAUAAUUUUUGUAUUCCCGGUUCGAUAAGAGUCGUUUCUGAUUGCCGCAAAUGAGAAGGUGUUGUCAAAUCGUUGAAGUUCAGGAUUUCUAACCCUAAUUUCACCUCGAGUUUAGUACCUAUUUGUGAUCUUGCUUUCCGUCUCCACCUCUGCACAUUGAAAUUACCAAUUUGGUUGGGAAUUUUUGGUUCCCAGAAGGUUGAAGGUCCUGAAGUGUUGUGUUAUGGCCUAUCAAAGGACUGAUUGUGCUGAUUGCAGUGCCAUGUUUUCAUCAAGUAAACUCAGUUCAAUUGGUUGCCUUGACCACACCUUACAUGUGCUCGUCUGUCCUAGACGUGAAGUAAAGCGCUUUGGUGAUCUUACUGCUUCAGAGACUAGUGAUUUAUGGGUCACGGCACAAAAGGUUGGUUCCCAGCUUGAGCGCUUCCACGGAGCAUCAUCACUCACAUUUGCGAUCCAAGAUGGGCCGCAGGCAGGGCAGACGGUGCCCCAUGUCCAUAUCCACAUCAUUCCCAGGAAGGCUAAUGAUUUUGAGAAGAAUGACGAGAUCUAUGAUGCAAUAGACGAAAAAGAAAAGGAACUCAAGCAGAAGCUGGAUUUGGACAAGGAAAGAAAAGACAGGAGCCUUGAAGAGAUGGCUCAAGAGGCUGAAGGGUAUAGGGAGCUUUUCUUGCAAUAGAUCCCGUCGAUGAAGGGAGCAUAUGCCUCAUCUCAUAGUUUACAUUUUCUAAUGGUUUUUGGGUCGUGCUCUAUUCCGGCUUGUGGAAGAUGUUUUACAUUAUUUGCUCGCCCCAUCAUGCUCACUAUUGAAAAUGUUUAAGCCACGUACAUUGUGAUUUAGAUAUGACAAUUUGGUUGGAUUGGAUAAUUUCGGGUUAGGUGAUCAUCUCAAUUCUCAUGUACUAGCCGCAGUGGGUGGGGUUAUGUCAAUCGAGGAUUAAAAGCCGGAUUGUACGGGCGAUUUUUCCACUUUUUCACGAAAACCUCAUACCGAAAACAAAAUUGGUAAGCUAGCGGUAUGAAAUGGUUGAAC